GCCAUUCGAGCAAGGUGAAGCGGAUGUUUGAGGCCGCAGAUUUGCCGCUGGACUCACGCUGCCUUGCCCGGCAAGAGUCUAUUCGCCCAGCAUACUUCCAGUUUGUCUUGGACCACAAGAAACAGCUUGCAGAUGCCAACGAGUUCUUCAAGUCUGAACGACAUAUGCAGCUGCUGAACAGGACUGCUUUCUACAUCCCUCUUGCAGAAGUCAGGGACCGAGCGUGCCCCAACUUUUUCGAGACCAAGACGGUUGUCGGGGCAGCGGCUUAUCAGCAGUAG